UCUGCAUGUUAACCCUGUUACGUCACGUUUGCGUGGCACGAGGCUAUAUUUUCAGUGUGUCAUGCUCAAUGCUCAUUAUGUAUUAUUAGUGAGUUUUUGCAAUACCGUUUAUCCAGAUACGGUGAACGCUAAGGUUCAAUUGGUCAUCCAGAUAUCAGAUUGAUAAAAUCAAGUGGUUAGUGUAUAUCUGCACACACACACACAAGAAGAAUUACUGUGGACAUUUACUGUAGCAAACAACAAAUUAGAACACAAUAAAGAUGACAACAGUUCUGACUAAGCACAUUCUUCACAGUGGAAUUUUUCAUCCUGUCCUACGAGAAUUACAGUCACCAAAUGUUGAGAUCACUGUUAAUAAUCUCAUGUAUCCAAUAUUUGUUUCAGAUGCAGAAAAUGCUAAAGAACCUAUUAAUAACAUGCCUGGUGUAUAUCGCUAUGGAAUUAAUCAAUUAGAAAAGAUUUUAGAGCCUUUGGUUGCAAAAGGUUUACAGUCUGUUUUAUUAUUUGGUGUAACACACUAUCUUGGAAAGGACGAGAUUGGAAGCAAUGCCGAUAGUGCAAGGAAUCCUAUUAUUCAGGCUCUACCAUUAUUGCGAGAAAAGUUUCCUAAUCUAUUAAUAGCAUGUGAUGUUUGUUUAUGUCCAUAUACAAAUCAUGGACAUUGUGGUAUUCUCAACAGUGAUGGUAGCAUAAAUAAUGCAAAUAGUAUCCAACGGAUUGCUGAAAUUGCUGUAUCAUAUGCAAAAGCUGGCGCGCAAAUUGUUGCACCAUCUGAUAUGAUGGAUGGUAGAAUUGGUGCAAUAAAGCAAGGUCUAGCUGCCGCUGGAUUUUCUAAUAAAGUAGCAGUUUUAUCAUAUGCUGUAAAAUUUGCAUCAGGACUUUACGGUCCUUUCCGGGACGCAUUGCAAUCUGUACCAAAGUUCGGCGAUCGCAAGUGUUACCAGUUUCCUCCUGGAAGCAAUGGGUUGGCAGCCAGAGCUGCUGCAAGAGACGUGAAUGAAGGGGCGGAUAUGCUGAUGGUGAAACCAGGAUUGCCUUAUUUGGAUGUGGUACGACAUACAAAGGAUGUGCAUCCAGAAUAUCCUUUAUUUGUAUAUCAAGUAUCAGGAGAAUACGCUAUGUUGUAUUAUGGUGCAGAAAAUGGUGCAAUCAACUUAGAGAAUGUACUCAACGAGAUAUUGCUUUCUAUGAGAAGAGCGGGCGCUGAUUGUAUCAUAACAUAUUUUACGCCAUUAAUUUUGGAUAUGUUGCAACGAAAAAGCAAGUUAUAAUUAGUUACAAUUAGAAAUUAGCGUAAAAUAAGAAAAUAAAUUGUAGAAUUUAAAUGGCAUGUGUAUAUAAAGAUUGUAUACACAAAUUUUUUUUAUAUUAAGACAUGCCAGCCUUCGCCUGUUUCUCGUGAUCAGAGUUUGCUCUCUAAAACCAGAGUCCUUUAAAAUCCAUUUUCAGUCUUAGUUUAGUCAAUCUCUUUAUAAUCAAUCCAAUUUAAUCAAUUUUGGUGUCUGUCGAAAUUAUAUAUAUAGUCUCAGUUUUCUCAAUGAAGAUUACAAAUGAACAUUUAAUCUUUAUUUGAAUAUACAAUGAUGCCCGUUUGGAAACUCCUGAACAAUAUUGAAAAGCAGUCAUUAAAUAUUCAAUCCGUUUAUUAAUGUUACAUCUAUUCAUAAGUGUUUCUAACAAAUCUAAUCUUUAGCUCGGGAAACAUCUGUUGAAUAACGACGAUAUGGAUCAAAUACUGCAUGAUGUGAAUUAAAAACUAAUUCCUAAAGAUUAUUAACA